CUCACCCCAUCCUCUAAUUCAGUCGUUCUCUGGUCCAUUCGCCCACCAUGCCUGGCUCUCUGUCUCUUUUCUCUGUCAAUGCCGUCCUUCUCAUGUCGGCCGACGACGGGUCCCGCAUCUUCGCCAAGUACUACUCCCCUCCUCACCCCCCGGCCGGCGCUGCCCCCAACUCGACCGAUUACCCCGGAGCGAACCCCUAUCCCACCGUGAAGGAGCAGAAGGCAUUCGAGCAGGGUCUCCUCGAGAAGACGAACAAGCAGACCAGCGAUGUGAUCCUCUACGACAACCGGAUCGUGGUUUUCAAGAUGGAGAGCGACGUGAUGCUCUACGUGGUUGGCAGCGCCGACGAGAACGAAGUCUUGCUCUACAACGUUGUUCUGUCUCUGCGGGAUGCUCUUGGAAUCUUAUUCAAGGGUGCAACCGACAAGCGCACAAUCGUCGAGAACUACGACCUGGUCGCCCUGGCCAUCGACGAGAUCAUCGACGACGGCAUCAUCCUCGAAACGGAUCCCGUUCUGAUUGCCUCGCGCGUGAGCCGCGCUCCCGCCCCCGAUGCGCCUAACCUGAAGAGCAUCGAUUUGUCGGAACAAGGUCUGCUCAAUGCGUGGGAGCUGGGCAAGCGGCGUCUGGCGGAGGGUCUGCGGCAGAUGUAAAACUGGGGGAGACAAGAGAUUAUACCGGUGUUUUGAUUCUCAUGCAUGAGGACGUGGGAUUCUGUCGUCUUCGUUUUUCUAAUGUGUCUUGUUUAUGUUCUCUGGCUGGUCCUGGCGUUGUAUUGAUCCGCAUGAUACUUUUUUUCUUACAACCUUUCUUUUCAAAAGAGAUAUCUUCGUUUUUGAUGGAAACCUCUGUUCUGGGGGGAUUUGACUUAUUAUAGAUAAGUGUUCUUUUCACGUGAGUGAGAAUUGAGCGCUCGGUCGCGGCAAUGGGAGCUGAGUGCAGACAAAUUAC